UAAUAUUUUUUGUAACAUGGCUGUCUCAUUUACCUCGUCUGAAGCAAUAGAAGAAAUCCAAUUUUGGGAUAGAACAGUAGAAAUUAUUGGUUUUGUUGAGAAGAUCAUUCCUAGAAAAGCAGCAGGUGCCUCCGAAUUAUUGAAAUUCUAUUUGUCAAACCAAAAUGGAAAAUCUAUUCAAUGCGUCGUUUGGGGGCCUGCAGACAUUAAUGCUUUGGAAGAGCAUAUUGUUCUACAUGAGAUAUUGCAUAUCGAUGGGGCUUGGGCAAGAGUACCUUCAAAAGUUGAGUUUAAUAAGGGAAAUGUUCCGUUUGAACUACAAUUAUUUUCCAGUACAAUUAUCAACUCCUUGGGACAGCAUUUGGUAGUUAUUGAGAAUGAGGAUAUUGAAAUAGUGGAUUUGCCGAAUGUCAUUCAUUUCGAUUCAACAAAAACCAUUAUUUUAUCUGCAAUUACAAAUAUUACAGUACUGAAUUCUGUGAUUAAUAAUGUUCAAUAA